UGAUCUAAUAGUUUGAAUUUUUCCUUACUAUUAGAUCUUUGUUGUAGACAAAUAGCGUCGAAAUGAAUCCAGAUAAGAAUAAAUCAAAUAUAGAGCUUUCCAGUAGAAGUAACUAUUUAUAAUUUGUCAUCGAAAAUCGAUAGGUGCCAGUGCUUCAGUCUGUUCCAUCGAGCCAAAGAAGAAACUACCCUCGCUUUCAGCCAUGACCGAUAACGCUGAACUCCGUGCUGCAGAGCAAUCUAAGGGAGGCAUAAAGUACGAGCUGGUGCUGUCCGAGCCAGCCACUGAGGGACCCAAACGUCCGAAUUCGCCGCCGAAAAAUGUCUCUGUGGAAGAAAUUGCAAAUAAAUUAAAGGCUGCUGAAGAGAGAAGACAGUCAUUAGAAGCUCAGAAAUUGAAUCAACUUAGUGAAAAGAAUAUAAAAUUGCAAGAAGUUAACCAGAAGAAACAAGAAUUUAAUAACAAUUUUAUGCAGUUGACACGAGAAAAUCUUGAACAAAAAAUGGGCAUUAUACAAGAAAACCGGGAAGCGUAUCUCAAGUCUAUUCAGGAAAAAUUAAAAGAGCGUGGUUUAAAAAUUGGGGAACGAGUAGAAGGAGUACGUAAAUCUUUGGAUAUUCAAACUAAGGAGACUUUAACAAACAUUCAGAAAAAAUUGGAAAGUGCCGCAGAAGCACGUGAGCUACACAUACUUGCACUUCUAGAACGUCUUAGAGAGCAUGACAAACACAUAGCAGAUGUCAGAUUGCAGUUAGAUGAACAAGUUGAUCAGCUGAAAGAUAGAUUGCAAAAAAAAUUAGAAAUUGCUCAAGAAAAUCGUGAUGCUAUACAGAAAGAACUUCAGGAAAAACUCCACGAACAUGAUAAGCACAUAGCUGAAAUAAGGAGUAACAUGGAAGAACAGGUAGAUCAGUUAAAAGAUAGAGUUCAGAGAAAGUUAGAAAUUGCUGAAGAAAAGCGCAGCAAUAUGCAAAGAGAGAUUCAAAAGAAAAUUCGAGAACAUGAACGUCAUGCAGAAGAAGUCCGACAAAACAAGGCUCAAAACAUAAACGAAGAGGAGCCCAUCCCUGCUUCUGGCUAAAUAAACUGUUACCAUUUUUUUUUACUGCCAUAUAACUGGUAUUCUACAAAAAUUUUUAUAUUUAACAAAUGGUCAAAUUGAUUAAAAUUAAUCUUUUUCAUUUCCAAAGACAGUUUGAAAAUUUCAACUAUAUUCAAAACUACAUACUAAAUUGCUCGUCACAAAAAUUCCAGUUAUUUGGUAGUCUGCCAAAACAAACGACCAAAUCUCAGCCGAGUCUCGAAGUGGGGUUCCAAGUUUUGCAUUUUACUACUUGUUUCGAUGUCGGUCUUUCUUCCCACGUGUUUGAUUUUAAAAACGUAGCUAUGUAUGUUGUCUAAAAUAUGCAAAUUACUAUUCAAAUAAAUAUAUAUUUGUAUUUGCUUGUGGACCAAUUGUGGGUUUGUCCACGUUUAAAAGUUUGCCUUAAUAUAGUAUUCUGCAUGUGCAGUAUUUUUUGUUUUGAAAAUUUUGUUUUAGUUUCGUAAUGUUCAUAAAAAGGUUCAACUAUUGCUAUAUAUAUAUACAUACACAUAUAUAUAUAUAUAUAAUAUACUGUAUUUUUCUACAGAUUGCGGUUCACUUUGUGAUGGACGCAGCCAUUUAUGUACGUCGUUUGUCAUUGCAUGAUUGCUGCAAUAAGAGCAACUUUUUUGUUUUUAAUCAAAAGAAUAGCUUUGAAAUUAAAACUUGUAAAACUAUUUAAAUAAAAGCAGUUUAAAAAUGUGAAAA